AUGCUUCAUGAGGCACGAAAUAAGCAGGAGUUAGGCAAAGAUCAUGUAGCUGUCAGAUUUAAUGACAUCAAAGUUGAAAAUAUUGUAACACAUGAUACUGUCGAAGAACCUCAUUGUAAACGGUGUGAUGAACAAUUUACUGAAGAUGAAAAUAUCGUUUCUGUUAAAGAUGACAUCUAUCAUCCAACAUGUUUUGUAUGUACUCAAUGUUUUCAACCAUUACCUAACAAAGAAUUUUAUGAGUUUGAAGGUCGAAGAUAUUGUAAAUAUGAUUUUCAAGUACUUUUUGCACCUUUGUGUUUUAAAUGUGGUGAAUUUAUCAUGUCAAAAGUGGUAAAAGCAAUGAAUCGAAGCUGGCAUCCUGAAUGUUUAGUUUGUGAUGAAUGUGGUAUUCAAAUUGUAAGCAAAGGAUUUCAAAGACAUAAUACAAGAAUCCUGUGUAAAGAUUGUUGGCCUGUUAUAUGUCAGGAAUUAGUUGGCUGUCAUAUAUGUCAAACAUGUCAUAAACCAAUUGAAUUAAAUAAACACAUCAAAUUUAUGGGUGAUUUUCAUCAUCCACAUCAUUUUCAUUGUUUUGAUUGUGAUCAAGAACUCGGUUUGGAUGCACAUGAACGUGGUGGUGAAUUAUAUUGUCUUAAAUGUUUCAGUCGUUCUGGUGUAUCAAUAUGCUCAGCAUGCAGACGUCCAAUUGACGGUCGCAUAGUUUGGGCACUUGGUAAAGUUUGGCAUGUUGAACAUUUUGUAUGUCAUCACUGUGAAAUACCAUUUAUGGGUAGUAGGUUUUAUGAGUGGCAAGGACACGCCUACUGUCUACUACAUUAUCAAUCUAAAAUUGGAAGUGUCUGUCAUAUAUGCGCGAAACCGGUUACUGAUACAUUGGUUAAAUUUACUAAUAAAAUCUAUUGCCCUGAACACUUUCUUUGUUCACUGUGUGAUAGAAAAUUAGAUGAAAAAUCCAAACUUUAUGAAAUUGAUUUAAAACCAGUUUGUAAAGAAUGUUAUGAUAAGUUACCAAUGCAAUGGAAAAAAAUCCUGGCAAAAAUUCAUCGUUCAGAUAGACAAAAAUGGAAUAAUUAA